UUAACCUUAUGGCGCAUGCGCGUGCCAUCACCGUUUUAUCUGGCCUAGUGGCGAGACUGCUGUCCCGGAGAUGCGUGCACACAGAUUUCUUUGACUCCCGAUAAAACGAAUUCCAAACAAAGGAGCCGUCGAGGAGAACUUGCCCAGGUGGUCACGUGUCUUAUCAGGUUGAAGGCUUCAUUUGACAGAACUUCGCCCGUGAUGGACAGCGAGGCUCAGCCUCUCAGAUGCGCAGGGUGACAGUCAGGGUAGGCGGGCCCUAGAAGGCCAGUCUCGGCCUUGCCCAAUCAGCAGGUGGCGCUUGCUUCCUCUGCUUCUAUCGGAGUUCCUGCUCCCUUGCGAUGAGGAUCAUCCGCGAGCAGUGCACAGAAAGAGAUCCGGAUCAGGCUCUGCAAUAACAGGUUGCUGAGGGGAGAUGAAUGAGCAAUGGCGACUCUACCAUAUUUUCAUACUUAAGACAACAGGAUCAGUGUCGUGACACGACAGCUGAUCUGUGGCAGCAGGUUUAAAAGGAAGGGAUGCUGCUGAUACAUGCUGCAUACAGAAAAAGGAAGCUGGUAACUGGUGAAGGGUGGAAGGUCAAGAUCCUGUCAACUGUGCUGGAGAAGACAUGGCUCUGACUAUUGAAACAGAAUCGCGAAUAUACCACUCUCUCAGAGCUGUCUUUGGUGCUACUGCGCACCUUGCCUCGCUUGGAUUUACCAUCUUCGUAGCUGUGGUGGCUAGACCUGGAUCAAGCUUGUUCUCCUGGCAUCCUUUCUUAAUGUCUCUUGCGUUUUCUUUCCUGAUGACAGAAGCCCUGCUGACUUUCUCUCCAGAGAGCUCCCUCCUCCAGUCCUUCUCCCGGAAGGCCAAGGUCCGCUUCCAUUGGGCUUUACAGUUGCUCUCACUCACCUGUGCAGUGUUGGGCUUGGCCAUCAUCAGCUAUAACAAGUACCGCAAGGGGAAAGACCAUUUUGUCACCUGGCACGGUUUGACUGGCUUGCUGACGGUGCUGUAUGCUACCAUGCAGUGCAUGGGGGGCCUUGCUCUGCUCUACCCCAAGCUGAUGAAGAACUGGACACUGAGCAAACUCAAGCUUUAUCAUGCCACAUCAGGGCUGAUCGGUUACAUUCUUGGCUGUGCCAGUUUGAUGCUGGGUAUGUGUUCCUUGUGGUUUACCAUAUCUGUAACUGGAGUCUCCUGGUAUCUUUCCAUGCUGUGUCCUAUCCUCACCAGCCUGGUUAUCAUGAACCAAGUGAGCAAUGCCUACCUCUAUCGCAAAAGAAUCCAGCCUUGAAAGCCAUUCUGAAACAGACAGCUUGUGGGAUCUCUGAAGACUUCCUGCAUUGUCAGUAAGGAGUCAGGUGGUCUUACAAGGCAGUGGGACUGAAGAAUCUCUUUUUACUUGCCUAUAGCAUCAUAUGGUAUUUUAUGUAAUUUCUGACUUUUCCCUGUUAAAAUCCUGGAGAUGCCCA